AUGUCCAGACCGAACCGAGACGGGCUAGUAUGGGAGCACGACGCCAUCUGGGGUCCGAGCCCUGAGUGGGCACGAGAACCUUCACUGGAAGCCAUUGAGAAGGUCUGCCGUCGACAUUUGAACUUUGACGAGAACUCAAGAUGCGAUGUUUCACCUUACGGAAAAUGGGGUGGUAAAAAGACAUAUCUCGUUCAAGGCAACGGCAGAAAGGCCAUCAUGCGCGUCUUUCUUCCACUUGAUCCUGGCUACCAGACUCGCGGUGAGGUGGCGACCAUGAGUGACAACGAGAUCGGCUUCGAGUGGAUGCUCAUGGAGUUUAUGCCCGGCAUACGAGCCCACAAACGUUGGCGAAAGAUGCCGAUGGCGAAGAAGGAAGCUAUUGCUGAGAAGAUGGCCGAUUAUCACGCACAAAUUCUUGACGCCGGCAUCAGGCUGAAAGAGUUUCGAACCGUAGGGACUCUUUAUUUCGACGAGCUCAAAGAAAAUGACCAGCCACCCUCAGAGCUUCAUUUCACACCAGGCAGGGUGGUUGAUUACGUGUUUUUCUGCGGUAAUAACUAUAACUACGAUAUACCUCGAGGGCCAUUUGAGUCCAGCCAAGAAUGGCUCAAGUCGCUCCUAAACAUUAUCAUUCUGGAGAAAACCGCAGAAGCAGAAAAUGCGGAGACCGAAUCAGACAAGGAUGAACCGGAAGCUAUCGCGGAGACUGUUCCCUGGAGUCCCAUAACAGACUUGGAAGAUAUCUUGAUAGACGACGAUGGAAACAUUACCGGUCUGGUAAACUGGAACUCCGUUUCCACUAUGCCCUCUUGGUUCCUCACGCAAAUGCCGUCAUUCUUGGAUGGCAAGGUGAGAAACCGAGAACCAGUCCGCGAAAUUUACGGUAACGACAAUGGAGACGACUGGAAAGACGAUGGCCUAGAUAGUGAAGGGAAGACUAUUCUGUAUUGGGAACACUUGAUGCAAUUCGAGCAGACCAAACUGAGGAAGCUCUACACGGCGCGUAUGGAGAAGUUACGCCCUGGAUGGAGUGUGGAAGAGGAAAGUUCCGGCUUCAAGCUCGAGGAGAGCUCCGUCGCCUUCAAGAAUUCGAGCAAGGUUCACGUUUCAUUGACGGAGAGGAAGAGAUAG